UUGCGAAGUAUUUUUGUACACUGACUACAAUGAAGGGAUUUAUACAUACAUACAAUUCUAUCUUGUGACGUCAAUGUUGACAUCGCUACCCAGUAUGAUCUAGGUCAAAACAAACUUUAAAACUCUAUUUAAAUAAAUAUUGUAUACAAGCUGACGCACCGCACAGGUAUUUAAUCACAGGACUAGACGGAAGGUCGAUAUAACAGGAAGGCCAUGUUGGAUUUUCAGUGAACUCCUCAUGUGACCCCGGACAUCAGAAAUGGACCCGUUCCGCAGAGCCCAGAUUAUCCUAUUGUGUGACCUCUGUAAAACUGCCCACCUACAGAGUCACUGUGAACGUUGUGAUAUAAAUCUAUGCCAGACCUGUGUUGGGAAGCACCUCUCGGAUUCGUCUAUAAGACACAAAGUCGUGCUCUGUAAAUACAGAAAGUCUCUUAACUACUCAACAUGUCCAGACCACGCCGGCGAACUCUGUAAACAUUACUGUGAGAAAUGUGACAUUCCUGUCUGUUCCACCUGCGUCUCCUCAAGUAAACAUGAAGGUCACGAUAUAUCAGAUAUUCUAGAAACACUCAGCGCUAAAACAGAAAGUUUACAGAAAGAUCUGGACGAACUCGAGACCAGAAUUUACCCGCGAUAUGAAGAAAUGGCGUCCGAUGUGCAAACUGAGAAAGCCCAGUUAGAAACGAAUUACGGAGAACUAACAACAAUUGCCGAUCAACAAGGAGAAAUCUUACACCGGGAGAUCACCGCCAUUGUCAACCAGCGGAAAUCCGACAUUCAGGAGAUGAAAAACAAACACCUAUCUACCCUGAAUAAAAAUACAGAUGAAAUCACACAGAAAAUGGCGGAACUCAAACAGAUCAUGUCCGACUUGAAAUCAAUGCUAAAAUCAAAUGACGUCUCCUUAACCUCUACUUACAAAUCUAGGAAUUCUGAAUUUAGAACAUUACCGCCUAAAGUCCGAGUUACAGUACCCAGUUUGUCUGCUCAGAAAAUAAACAAAGAUCAGCUCAAUGAAAUGUUUGGUUCUCUGUCGCCAUUAUCCAUUAACACAGAACAUGGCGACACAGUGAAGUCAGCAGAAGCUGUAUCGUCUCCUCCAGUCAAACCACUGCUUGAUGAGCCGCGCCUCACCGCCGCCAUAGACACUGGGUAUUACAAUCUAACCAGUGUCAGCUGUCUGAGUGAAGAUCAAGUCUGGACAUGCGGGGAGAGCAAAACCAUGAAGCUGCUCAACCUCCAGAGUAAACUACUGACAUCAAUACAAACCAAGUCAGAGGACAAACCACGGGACAUAGCAGUGACACGGGACGGAUAUCUUGUUUAUACUGACUCUAGAGAUAGAACUGUUAAUUUAAUUAAGAAUAAACAGAUACAGACCGUGAUCACACUACAGGGGUGGUACCCUCUCUCUGUCUGCAGUACCGCCUCUGAUGAUCUCCUGGUUACCAUGAUCAGUGAUGAUCAAAAACAAUACAAAGUCGUGCGUUACUCCGGCUCCACAGAGAAACAAAGCAUUCAGUUUGAUGAUCAGGGGCGUCCUCUCUAUAAAUCUGGUCGUUACAUUAAAUACCUCAGUGAGAACAAGAACCUGGAUAUCUGUGUGACUGACCAGUCAGCUAGUGCAGUAGUGGUGGUCAAUCAGUCAGGAAAACUCCGAUUUAGAUACACUGGUCAUCCCUCUAAUACCGAGCAAUCAUUUAAUCCAUACGGCAUCACUACAGACAGCCAGAGUCACAUCCUGACAGCAGACAGUGACAAUGACCGUAUCCACAUCCUAGAUCAGGACGGACAGUUCCUCCGUUACAUUCACUGUGAUUUAGAACGUCCAUUAGGUUUAUGUGUGGACAUCAGAGACAACCUCUUUGUGGCUGAGUUACACACUGCUAAAGUGAAGAAAAUCCAAUAUCUAUAAACACAGCGUUAAUUACACAACUCUACAGUGUUAAUUACACAUCUAAAAACCCUGUUAAUUACACAUCUAAACACAGUGUUAAUUGCAUCUUUGUGUUGAUUACAGCUGCAUGUUGAUUACAUCUGCUUGUUGAUUACAGCCCUGUGUUAAUUACAGCCCAGAGUUUGUGAUGUGUAACAUGUACUUGUGUUUGUGAGUUUAACUGAACAGUCUGACAUUAUUUUGUUUGUGAUUUAUAUCAUUCAAUAUGUGUUUGAUUUUACAAUGUAUAUAUUAGAUAAACAUGAUACAGAG